AUCUCUAGGCUCGGGCAAGGACUGGCUCAUAGAUGUGCCAUCCAGAGUCUCUGUUCUUCAAAACUCGUGUGUGGUCAUUCCCUGUAGGUACGUUUACCCCAAGGCAAGAAAAAUGUUGAAGACAUGGAGGGGAUACUGGAAGAGAAUGGGCACAGUUGUCGCAUCAAAUUUCCCCAAUGCGAGACUAACGGAUGAGUUCCACCAUCGAUCCAGAAUUAGAGGAGCCCUUCAAAGCGGCAACUGCACUUGGCAGCUGAAUCGUGUCAGAGAAACUGACACUGGUCCGUUUUACUUCAAAAUUGAAAUUCCACAACAUAAAAGCUUCACUUUCUCAAAAAAUACGGUGACCCUCAAUGUCUUCCGAGUUCCUGAGCCUCCCACCAUGUCUGUUGCAGUCCAAGAUCAAGUGACUGCCACCUGCAAAGUUACUCAUGUCUGUCCAUCAUCUCCUCCCAAAUUCUCCUGGAGCCACUCUGGAAUAAGGAAAACAAAGUCAAAAAAGGAAAAUAAAUGGUUGUGGUCAACAAUGUCGACCCUCACCUAUACCCCUCAAGAAGCCGACUUCAACAAGCCUUUAAACUGCACUGUGUUGUUCAAAGGCAACAAGUCUACAAAGGGCUCUGUGCUUCUCAUCAAGUAGAGUACCAAGUGAAUAUGGAGUGCUAGAUUAGAGCAAUAUUUUCAGAGCUAUCAGCCAUAUGACAAAGUGAUUUUGCAGAAAAAGGCCUGAAUUAGUAAAACUACAAAAAAAAAAAA